GAGGAGGAAGACUGACUAAUGGCGAUGGCCCUGGAGAAAAAAGCAGGAACCGCACGGGGAGUGCAGACCGACUCCCUGCCGGUACCGAUGGCUUGAGUCAGGGAGGGUAAUCUUAUUCCCUUCCCCUUUCCUCACUCUUUCUCUGAGAAAGUGGGCGGGUGGGAGAAGACCCGAGGCUUUUCUUUUCCCUGAAGCGGUGACGAGAGUUUUGAGCGAAGUAAACUCCGGGGGCGGAUUAACCUGGAGCGGGUCUUGUCCCGUUCCGCCAGCGGCCGAGCGCGCCCCUGUUCGGGCGGGAGAGUCGGGUCAGGCCGCAAGGCGCCACAUAAUUUGGGAAUGUGACUGUGUCGAGGCUGCCUCUGCCCGUCCGCGCCGCGCCGCGCCGAGAGAGUUUGACGUCCUGAAAGUUGUCGCUCGCCAGUUGUAACUCUUCUCGGCUCGUUUUCCAUCCUGCAGAUAGAGAGUUUCGGUACGUCCAAGUAAUCGCCGAGGUUUCACCCCUGCUCGCUAACAAGUGGCCUUCGCGUUUUGUUCUGUCGCGAAGGAGCCGUUGGUAACCUCCAGUCGGACUUGGCUUAAUGCUCGAACUGAUCUAAUAUGAUGAAAGCUGAAGGUAAAGGAGAGAGGACGUUCAGGAGCGCUUCGCCCCAUAGGAAUGCCUACAAGGCGGACUUUCAGGCUUUGAGAUGCACUUUUGACGGAAGCAAACAGGAAAAUAAUUCUAAAAUGGGUGUCCAAAAAACAAAUCGAGAAACUGAACACAGGGACGACUUGCGGGGAAGACAUUUCGGAAAUCGAGUACAUAAAAUAAAAAAUAUGUUGAUGCAAAUGGGUAACACAACAGAUGACACGACUGAAUUGAAUGAAACCAAGACUGAUUUGCUUCCACUUUCUCCGCCAAAACAACAAAGUGGAGCUGUCUACAGUAGCGUCAAUAAAACAUGUCAUAAACUGCCCAUUUCUGACAAAAAGAACAGUGAAGAUGGAGAUUUGGAUAAAACUAGUAUGGCUGAAAAAUUCACAGAAACGAGAAGACUUUUUGAGCGUCAAACUGGAGAAAAAGUGUUUGAUAAAACCUCUCAUAAAAGCGACAGUAAAAGUUCAACGAGUAGUUAUUCUUCUGAAGGUAAAAGGAGCAACUCGUCGUCUUCGGAAUGUGGAGGAAAGAAAGUUAAGAACGACUUAAAUCCCACAGCUCUAUCCAGCAGCAAUUCGAGAGAGCAAAGUAACCAGAAAGCAGCUGGCGAUUUAAAACAAAGUCAACCUCGUUCGUCUCUGAACGCUGGGCCAAUUUCACGACGAUUGGAAAGCUUUCUCGCGGAUAGCGACAGCGAUGAAACAAACAAAGACAACAAAACAAACUGUGCAACUGAAUAUCAGAUUACUGGAGGACACCAAAAGUCAUCCGACACUUCAUUUAUUAGUAAGAGUGCGUCCCCUGCAGGAGAUGAUGUGAAAGGGUACAGUUUCAAGAAACAGAAUGUAGACAAGUCAGAUAAAGAUUCCUGCUAUGUCUCCGAGACAUCUAGUUGUCAUAAUACUAUUAUUGAAAGUAGUAGUUCUUUCAGCAGUGAAUUGGACAGCCAUGUUCCAAAUGAGGUUCCAAACAAGAUAGGGGUAGUUCGGGCAGAAUUGGUAGAAGUUCAGAAUGAAUCUUCGGAGAGUGAAAUUGAAUUGGACAAUGUUUUUAUUGAGAGGGAGAUGGAACCACUUCACAGUAUUAACCAAGACGUAGAACAGAAAUGCGAAAUUUCCAAAAGGAAGGAAAAUGAAGAGCUGACAUUUGAUGAUAUAGCACAAAAAUCAGAUGAGAGCAUGGGAGAAGAGGAAGAUGAGGAUGCAGAGAACACUGAAGAGGAAGAUAGAAUUAGCGGAAAGGUGUUUUCUGGAUCAGAAGUAUGUGGGAUUGAGAAUGCUGCAUUUGUUGAUGAUAAAGAUACUGAGGGGUCUUUCCAAGAAGAGAGCAAAAGCAAGUGUGAUUGUGAAUAUUUUGAUGAAGAGGUUGACUAUACCCUCGAUGACGAGUUUGAGGAAAUAUCAGGGCUCUCCGAAGAAGAGCCAAAGUUACACAGAAAGGUUAACUUCUCCACUGCCCCAAUUAAGGUUUACAGUACCUAUUCAAAUGAUGACUACGAUAGGCGAAAUGAGGACGUUGAUCCUGUGGCAGCAUCGGCAGAAUACGAAUUGGAGAAGAGAGUGGAAAAAAUGGAUGUUUUUCCAGUUGAAAUUGAGAAGGGUGAAGGUGGACUUGGAAUUAGCAUUAUUGGCAUGGGUGUUGGUGCAGAUCAAGGACUCGAAAAAUUGGGAAUUUUUGUGAAGACUAUCACUGAGGGUGGAGCUGCAUGUAGAGAUAAACGAAUCCAGGUGAAUGACCAGAUAGUUGAAGUGGAUGGUGUCAGUUUGGUUGGGGUUACACAAAUGUUUGCAGCCACUGUAUUGAAGAACACCAAAGGUAUGGUCAGAUUUCUUAUUGGUCGAGAAAAACCUGGACAGCAGAGUGAGGUUGCUCGGCUUAUCAGUGAAACACUAGAACAGGAAAGAUGCCAAGAGGCAUUUCUUGAGCAGCGCUGUAAUCGGUAUAGUGGAAGUGAUAUUGAGCAGUCCGAAGAAUUUCCUGAAGAUGAUGAAGCAAUGGUGAUAGAUGAAGUUCCUAAUUUAUCUGCAAGUGAUAAUCUAUGUGAACCAAAUGAUAUGAAUUCCCAACUUGCUCUUAAGAUAAAAGAGCUGAAAAUUGCUGAAGCAGAGAAGAUUGAAUGGGAAAAUGCAAAGAUACAGCUUCAGCAAAGUAUUGAAGAAAACAAGGAAAAAAUGGAAAAGGUGGAAAAGUACUGGUUAGAGGCACAAAACCUUUGCAAAACACUAAAUGAACACUUGAAAGAGACCCAAUGUCAGCAUGAUGCUUUGGAGAAGAAAUAUAAUAAGGCCAAGAAGUUAAUAAAGGAAUAUCAACAAAAAGAGAUUGAAUUUAUUAGAAAGGAAGAGGAUCACAGGAAAUAUCUGGAAGAUCAAGAAAAAGAACAUGCUAAACAGCUGAAGAGUUUGCAUGACGAGAUAGAAGAACUGAAAAAUGAACUGCAAUCUACUGGACAUAUGCCGUCAUUGCUCAGUUACAAUGAGCUGGACAAAGAAAAACCAGUGUUUGAGAAUCAAGAACAAUUUGAAGAAAUUUGUACUGAAGAAAAUGAUGCAAACCUAACUCCAAAAUCUCCCGAGGAAUGGGAAUAUUGCAACACCUCCAAGAUCUGUGAUUUUGAUGAGGCUGUUCCAGAAACCAAGCGAUUAGAUACAAGUUCACACAAAGCAAGAGCACACCUUGCCUUGAAAGUUAAAAGACAGCCUCCUUCUAGAUUAAAACUAAAGGAAUAUCUUGAAGCUGAUGAUGAGAAUGAAAGUAUCCAGAAUAAUGAAGAGGAGGAAAAUAUCGAAGGAGUUGAGCAAGCAGAUGCAUCACGUAUUCUAAGUAACUUGGGUGCAGUGCAAGCUAUUGAAAAUGCAUCUGUUCCUGUACCUGAAACAUCUAUGAAAGAAGCAGCAGUGGAGGAAAGGUCUGAUGUGGCAAGCAUAAUCAGUUUGCAUGAUCAAAGUCCUUCUGCAUCGCCUUGUUCCUCACCAGUUCAUAAGAGUGUUGAGAGUAGUACAAGCUCAAAACAGUCUCUUUCCAAAGUAACAGCACCAUCAAGUUCUCCAUCAUUUCUUACAAAGAUAAGGAAGAGAGAAUCAAAAGGCAAAAGAAAAGAGACUAUUGAAGGCAAGAAAAGUGAAGAUGAGUCAGCCAAUGGAAGUGAAAACGUAUCUGGAAAAUCCAAAAGAAGAUUUGCUGAUUUUGGUGGAUUAAGAAAAUCUGGCGGAAAAGGCAAGAAAGUAGAUAAAGAAGAUCGUAGAACGUCACUUGAUAGCAGGGGAUCAAAAGAAUUGCUUGAUAGGUCAGGUGGUAACCUUUCAGCUGCAGAUUCAGUUUCAUCUAUACCAACUUGCAUGCCUUUUUCUUGGUUUGGGGAUGGUCGUAAAGAAACUGCCACUUCUGACACCAGUCUUCCAUCGCCUUCAAGUUCACAUGAUGUUUCGUGUGAACAGGAUAAAGAAAAGCCAAAAAAUAUAAUAUCUGAUACGCAAACAACAGGGAAAAGUCAAUGUCAAUUUCGCACAGUUCCUGAAUGGACAACCCAACAAGUCUGUCACUGGCUGACAGAAAUUAAUUUAGAGCAAUAUUCUGCAGAAUUUCUUUCUAAAAACAUUGACGGAGAACAAUUAAUGCAACUAGAUAACAGCAGACUAAAGGCGUUAGGCGUUACCAGUCAAAGUGAUCGUGCCACCAUUAAGAAAAAGCUUAAGGAAAUUAAGAAAAUGCAUGAAAAAAUAGAGAAACAAAGAGAGAAGAUUCAAAAGAAAGAGAAAGAUCAACAAAGAAGAACCGGUACACAGGCCACAUCAGUAGAAACAAUAUGUUAAAUAGGACUCUUAAGUGCAAUUGAGAACAAAUAUUUUAGAUAGUUCUAUUUCAGUGUGGCUGUAUGUUGAAUACUUCACAAAAUAGUUUAUUCACAUAUACAGAGCAACUCAAAUGUACGUUACUUUGACAUUUUAUAUUAGAGAAAUUUAUGGUACAUUUCUGGUUUGUUUAAUGGAUUGGGUGAUUUUCUGUAUAUAAUGUUCAUACGUUUUUGUAGGUUUAUAAUUCUAUGCAGUCUUAAAAUAGUUCUGGCCUUAAUAGUAAAUAAAAUUAAUAUUUUAAAACUUAAGCACACUAUUACAAUUUAAUCAAAUACUUUCUAAAGGGUGUUCUAUUGUGAUUCAAACUACAUUGCAAGGAAAGUUACACUACCCACUCAGCGAUGUACACAGUUUUUGAGAAAAAGGUACAAAGGUGGAACAUUUAAAUGUUAUGCCUGUGGCAUUAAUUGAUCCAUAGUUUAUUGUACAUUUCACAAAGGGGUAAAAUUGCAAUAGAUUUUUGUAUUUACAUUGCAAACAAUACAAUGUUACAAGUUUAUAAUUCUGUACUUUAUAAAUCCAUUGCACAGAAGGGAUACCACUGUUUUGUCUUAUGUCCUUUAAUCUUCUCUGUUGAGGUCAUUGGUGACCAAAGGAUAAAUGAUCAGGAAUGAUUACAAGAAGAUCCCUUUGAGUGUUCUAAUACAUAAAUUCACAUAGUCCAAACUAUGACACUGGUGUUAUGGGAGGUUAAUAAUUAUCUUCCCACUUACAAGUUUUUAAUGAUGUGUGUAGCUAUGUUACUUUUAUGGUUCUCUGAUUUCAGUUUCUACACUCUACUGGCCUUUUAUCAUCAAAAAUAUGAAAAUAUUCCCAACUUGUGUUGUUCUCUGAAAUUCUAGAUUUGUGAAAGCAACUGGAUUUUUUGUUUAAUGUGCUUAUUUGGGUUGGACAUCAAGAUUUAAUUAAUAUAAUUUGGAAUACAUUACCUUCAUAUUCUGUCCACUAUCCAUCAGAAGAUAAGUCACAGCAGAUGUGAAGCAGGACAAUGAUUAUUUACUUUCACCCAUUUGCUGCCAGCUGGGUCAGCUUCCACAUGAAUUUGAUUGCUCUGUGAUGCCCAUCUUGUCCCUGGCCCCAUGUUUAAUUUGUAUUCUCCUUUGUCGUGUCCAUUUAGCACAGAGUACUAUUUUGAAAUAUCCUGGAUUCCCUCACUUUUUAUUAGUUAUUUUAAAUGAUUAAAGCAGAUAAUUUGUUGACACAUUUUUUCCAAUUUUGUACUUUUAAAUAAAAUUGGAAAAAUAUUUUAAAGUAUGCCUAAUUUUAAAAAGUGUAUAUAGACAUGCAGUACUUUGAGGGAUCAUUGCCUUUCCUUAAACUAUUUUCCCUUGAAUUUCACUUGAAUGUGAUUUUCUGAAGUAAAAACUGAAAACAGAGCCGUUAUAUUACUAAUCAUUAAAAAUCAAGUCUAACUUGUUAUGCGGAGUGCAUUUUUUGUCAGUGGGUGUUACUGCCAAUGUCUGCAACCAGGAAACUACUUUCAGUUGUUUGAUAACACAAUUAGAGCAGAAUUUAAUAAUUUUGUAUUAUGGAGCCUGUGUUUCUUCUGUUCCUCAAAGUUAAUAUUUUUUUCCCUUCAUUGCUAAGGAAAGGAAAGGGAACAUUGGCUCAUUUUCACUUGUUUAGCUGGGGAAUAAAACAAAUAAUUAUCCAAAUUAGAUUUGUAGGAUGUAGUUCAUUGAUGACGUGUCUUCUUUGAUAGACAUCUAAUAGGUGCCUUCUAUUCCCCAGCCUGUUUCAAUACAGACAUUGUUUAGCAUCUCGAUUUUUCUCCUGCUUUGAGAUCAACUCUUCUGAUAAAAAAAAUUGGAAAAAGAUCAAUUUGUCAUUUAUCUGUGGUAUCCAGUAGCUAUUUACUCUAACUGUAUUUUGUUGGGAAUUUGUUUCAGUUUUUGGAAUAUUGUUAGUUUACUGCUAUCUUGUUAUUUUGUGGUGUCAGUGUUUUGAUUUGCCCACCAGUUAGCAUUAGUGAAAAUCAAGGAUACACAAGGCCAGAAAUGGAUGAAUGCAGUUGAAUGUUAUAAAGUUGGAGGAUGUUAUGAUGACAGGAAGAUAAUGUCAUGGAGAAUGAUAAUUGUUAAAUCACAGCGUAGCUGGUCUAGAUGUUAUGUCAACAAGCUUGAGGGUUGCAUUAUAUUAAAUUAGGAUGCAGGUGGAAGAAUUUGGAGCUCAUGUUUAUGGAGGGUGGAAGUUGAGGUUGGCUUGGAAGGUAUUGGAGCAAUUGAAUUGAGAUAACAAACUGAAAAAUAUGGAGAAUGCUUCAGCAGUAAAUAAACUGAGACAGGAAUUAUGGUAGGUGCUACAGAAGUAGGUGGUUUAAGUAAUGACCUUGAGAAUAUGGGGUUGAGACUCAGCUUGAAAUCAAGUACAACAUCAAGGUAGUUAAUGUGGUUCAGUCUUGGUCAAUAGCUGGGAGGAGAAUGGAUUACCCCUUGUACAAGAGUGAUUAAUAGUCUUACAUGGUUUAGCUCUAAAACAUUUUGAAAUGAAAUACAAAUUGAGAAUAAAAAUAAUUUAUAAAGUC